AUGGCGGCACUGAAGGAAGCUCGGAGCUACGGGUUGUCUUGCGGGCGAGUGAGCGACGGCAGCAAGGUGUCUGUCUUCCACGUGAAGCUCACCGACAGCGCUCUAAGGGCCUUCGAGAGCUACCGCGGCGGUCAGGAAUCUGUUGCUUUGAGGCCAUCGAUCAAAUUUCAAGGAAGCCAAGGGCACAUCACAAUUCCCCGGCCUGGUUAUCCAACAGAAGUACGAACUUUCACAUUUUAUCUUUCAAAUAUUGGCAGGGAUAGCCCCCAAGGGAGCUUUGAUUGCAUCCAGCAGUAUGUGUCCAGCAAUGGAAAUGUUCACCUGGACUGCUUGGGCAGUAUACAGGACAAGAUUACUGUGUGUGCCACCGAUGAUUCUUACCAAAAAGCCCGGCAGAGCAUGGCCCAAGCUGAGGAGGAGACCCGCAGCCGCAGUGCAAUCGUCAUUAAACCAGGAGUUCGCUAUGUUGGCAAAAAAGUUCAGUUCCGGAAGCCAGCCCCAGCAGCUGCAGACACUGUCCCCUCAAGGAAACGCUCAACACCAAUCAAUGUUGCCAGUGCCAUCAAGAAGAGCAGUAGUGGGGUUUCUCAGCAGCCCUUCAGGGACAGGAUCAUUCAUUUACUGGCGCUGAAGCCUUACAAGAAGCCAGAGCUGAUCCUGAGGCUGCAGAAGGAUGGCCUUUCACAGCAGGAUAAGGAUAUGCUGGACAGCCACUUGCAGCAGGUUGCCAACUUGAGUGCCAAGGACAGCACAUACACAUUAAAAGAUUGCAUGUACAAGGAUGUUCAGAAGGACUGGCGUGGAUACUCCGAAGGAGAUCAACAGUUACUAAAAAGAAUUCUUGUUAGGAAACUCUGUCAGCCACAGAAUGUAGGUAAUGUUCCUGGAGAUGCACCUUCCUCAAGUCCACCACUGAAAGACCCGUUGAAUUCCUCAUCACCCCCUCAGAAACGAUCUCAGCCACUGGAUUUCAUUGACCCGCUAGCAAAUAAGAAACCGAGGAUAUCUCAUUGUACCCAAAGAACUCAGCCCACUUUCAAUGGGAAACUGAACUCUUCUAAUGGGAAGGAAAUCCCUUCUGCUUCUGGCCCAUCUUCUGUAGCCAAUUCUGUCAGCUCUAGUUCUCACCUUCCAGUCCUAGAGCUCCCCCGGCCUCACGAUCCCCUCACUGAUGUCAGCAAUGAUUUAUGUCACAAUGGCAGAGACUGUGAGAAUGCCGAGGACUCUGAGCGCCUCAGUCUCCCUCUGCUGACAGACUGUCCCCAGACCAGCAAACACAGUUGUGCCUCAUGGCAUAUGAAAACCAAGAAGAAAUCCAAAAAGCACAAAGAAAAGGAGAAGCGGAGUGAAGAGAAACACAGAGAAGAGAAGCAGGAUUGUGAACUCAUGAAGAACUCCGAUACUAAGAUGAGUGGGGCUCUGCAAGAAAGCACAGGUUUAAACGGAACAUGCAAUAAUUCUAGUGUACCAACAUCAACUUCGGAAAUGCCGGAUUAUCUAUUAAAAUAUGCCGCCAUUUCCUCCUCAGAACAACGUCAAAGUUAUAAGAAUGAUUUUAAUGCAGAGUAUAAUGAGUACCGAGAUCUGCAUGCACGGAUAGAGAGAAUUACUCGACGGUUUACACAACUGGAUGCAGAGCUCAAACAGCUUUCCCAGGGUUCAGAAGAAUAUGAGACUACCCGUGGUCAGAUUUUACAGGAAUAUUGGAAAAUCAAAAAGACCAAUACUAACUACAGCCAAGAAAAGUACCGUUGUGAAUAUCUGCACAACAAACUGGCCCACAUCAAGAAACUGAUAGCAGAGUAUGACCAGCGGCAGCUCCAGCCUUGGCCAUGACCUGUGCACGAGGGCCAGCACCGGGGCUUGGGGCACACUUCUGGCUGGCUGUGGCUGGGCAGCUGCUGCCCGCCCGCCCACCCGCCUGCCUGGGCAGAGUCAUUUCAAGCUUCAUCCUCUUGGCAUGUGCGGGGAACAGGGGAAAGUUUAAAGAAAAAGAAAAAGCAUCUAUUUAACAAAAAGUAGAGAAAUAAAAGGAAAACUCACUCAUUAAUGUCCAGGGAAAAACAUGCAAGAGAAAUCCUUGGUUUCGUAGGUUUGAGUGAGCAGCAGCUUCUCAGCCCCUGGUUGGGCUGCUGAUGGUCCUCUGGUUCCUCUCCUGCUCUCUCCCCAGUAAUGGGGGUGUCUCUGGGGGGCACAUUCUUGGGACCCGGGUCACCAGCCUAAAAAAGCAUCUUAUUUAUAUGCAAGCUGUCUGGGCGCCUUGCACAGGAUCAGCUCCUCAGCCCAUGGGUUGAGCAGGUGUCUCUCCAGCCAUCUAUCUCACAGGGUGGCUUCUCAGAGGGCUCAGGCCCAGAGCUCAGCGUUAUGUUUACUAUUGCAAAAUGCUCCCACUGACCCUGGGCCUAGGGGAGACCAGUCCCUGAAACUCCUUUGGUGACCAGCACCUGUCUUCAGCCUGCAUCGCACACGAGGUCUCCACUGUCCCGGAGGAUGCUGAGAUGUCUGUCCAACUUUUCUAGUUUUAUAUGAAGAUGGCCAAUUUUAUUCCUUGCUAAUGAGACGAUGGUCUAUUUUUGUACGAGAGAAAAUGCAUCUUUUCUAAAUCCGUGCCUCUCCUCCCUUUUGGGCCAAUGGUCUGGAUCCCUUCCCUUUGUUCUAAUUGCAGUAUUACUAAAUCAGUAGAGGCAUUAUUAUUAUUGUUAUUAUUUUGGUGAUGCCCUGUAAAAAAGAAAUGCAAGCAGCUGGAGGUAUAUAUAGAGUUGGGGGCUUUGGUUUUGACCCCUUCCAAAGAAGUAGCAGGCCCUCAGCUCUCGGAACAGAACGAGAUUGAUCGGGUUGUCCAUCUCCCUAGAUCUUUGUUCCAGACUCUGAGCCCUGCCUUACAGGUCUUCAGGGAACCACUGUGAGCUCAGUCCUGGGGGCAGGGCCCCUGUUGGGAGUCUCUGGGCUUACCUCCUUAAUCCUUUCCCUCUCCCUUUCUUUGAAUACCCCAAAGUAUUCCUCCUUCCAGUCUUUCACCUGCUUGGUGAGGGUUUCUUUGCACUAGAAAGUUCCUUCUCUAGGGGGAGUCUGUUGCCUGGAAAUAGCCCCUCCUUCCCCUUGUGUCCAACUCAGUUCUUCUGACUCCUCCCCUGCCACCUGGCAUUGGGCCAGAUGGCCACCUGAGAAGCAGUUCCUCCCCCUUCCCAUGUCUUCCGGCAUUCCUAAUUUCUGGCUAGCUUGGAAUGGAGCUGCCCUUUAGUGGUGAUGGCUGCUUGGUUAUUUUGUUGAUCCUACUGUUGGGAUUGAGUGGCAAUCUGGAUUCUCUAGCUUCCCCAGAUAGAAAAUCUGCAUUAGCAGGAGCAUAUCCUUCCCAUCAUAUGCAGUUACAACAGAUAACCUAUUUCUAUGUCUAGCCCUCUGGCUGUCUGAACAUUAAAGGACUGAGUGAACUUUUUCAUGGCAGACUCAACUCAGCAGAAGCAGCCUUUACUGUCUAGAUUUGGCCUGGAUAUGACUGAGAGGAUAUGCUUCAGUAUCCAGCAUCAUUGAACUGGCACAGCACUACUCGCCAAAUCCUAGCCAAAUAAGCUGGAAAACAGUAUGCUGGAACCAAUGGCAAUCCAUAGUGCACCGCAGAGGCAGAGUUAGCCAUGAAGGGGGAUGGAGGGUGGCUUUUCUCCCAAAUAGGGUGUGCAUCAAGGUUUACUCCAUGGCAGAUGGCUCUGCUUUGAGUACUUUAGACUACUUUCUUAGCACAAAUGAAUAGAGUUCACUGGAAUGUGAGGGAACUUCCCAGACAGGCAUGGUGGUGUUAAAGGGCCUUGUUUGAAAAUUUCAUGACCCCCAGUUUCUGGGCAGAGCCUGAUCCAGGGUAGGGUGAUCCGAGGUGGUAUGAUAGUUUUAAUUUUCUUUGGCCAGGUCUGACUGGUAGCACUAGUGGUGUUCAAGUUCAUCCCAUUGAACAGAACCUUCGAGGGCUAGUUAGGCCUUGUCUACUGGGCACUGCGCUUAAAGUAAAAGAGUAUGCUUGUAUUGGGGUUUCAGGUAGAUGUCCAAAGGGCACACCACAGGCUUUGAGAAGGAUUUAUGUUCAGGUACCCAGCCAAGGUCAGGGUGUGUCCAGCCAUAGGCAUUUAGAAGGUUGCUGCCAAAACAAGUUGUAAAGACAGGUGGUUCCCAGACAGCUGCUAUAGCCCUUGUUGGGGAGGAGUCAGAGGCAGAGAGGAUCUUUCCUGACUGUGGCUUCCCAAGAGUCGGUGGUCUCCUUUGUGGUGGAAACAGGUUGGCCUGAGUGUUCCUACUCCCUUCCAAAAAAAAACACAAAAAAAAACCCCACAAAAAAAGAAUCUCUUUCUGGAGAUAACCUGGGCCACUUUAGAGCCUGCCCAUGAAAGGUCACCAAGUGGCUCUGGAUUCUUCCAUGGAAGCACAUGGACCAGCAUUCAGAUCCUCCUGCUCAGUUUAACAGGCUUCUGAAUUUUUAUUUGCUGUUGGGGGUGGGGGUAGGGUGGGAAUGGGUAAAGUAUAUGAAGAGAUCCUAGUCUUUCUACAUCUGCUAUGAGGAUAUUUUUGCAGACAGAGUUGUAUACAGAGAUUUGUCGUAUACAUUUACACGUAUAUUCUGGAACUUAAGAGAAUUGGAAUAUAAAAGAGAAAUAUUUAAUGAAUUCAAAACUGUGAGACCCAAUUAGCCUUCAAUGCCUCUUGCUUCAUUUAUCUUUCAGACUGUCACAAGACAUUCAUUAUAAGUCAGACCUGCCUUCUUAGGAUUUUUUUUUUUCCUUUCUUUUAAGGGAUUAUGAAGCUAAGUAAAUUUGUGCUAUUUGGGGUAAUAUAAACCAGUUCUAGGUGAUUCCGUAUGAUCUAACUUAUUGAUACUGUGUUUCUACUUUGUAAUAUUGUACUGUGGAGAAAAACCGAUUUUGAGCCAUGGAGUUGGAGUUUACAAAAGCUUUCAAGUUUGCCAAAAUGUUACAAUUGAAAGGCUGCCUAGUCUUCAGCUUUCCUAAUGUUUUCUUAAAGAGCUAGUGUCCUUUUUGUACACUAAGAAGGUGAAUGCUGAUUUUGCAACAUACAAUAAAAAUUUACUGUAUUGGAAGAUAAA